ACACCCAUCACUGGCUGCUGAGACCCCACUCAGCCCACCUGCCCCGUGUCUCCCUGACUGGAGAGGAAUCCUCUGAGCUCCACGUCACUUUGUAUCAGGGGAACACGUGGUCGAGCGCGACCCCCUAUAAAUGUCCGUGUCGGCCUCACAAGGCGGUGAAGUUUAUCCGCCGGGAGCAGAUAGAGGAGGCUCCGCAUUGAUGUUACAUCGAGACGAGCAGCGGCAGCAGCACCGGGGGAGUCGGGGCUGAUUCAGUGAUACUCGGGGCUGCUCCAGUGCCAGACGCUGCUGUGCUUCAUGCUGGGGCUGCAGGGAGUUAGAGGGAUGCAGGGAGUUUUUAGAGGGCUGCAGGGAGUACUGGGAGGCGCAGUAUAAUAUAGCGCAGGGCUACUGCAUGUUGGGCAGCUGAGGGUUAAGGUUUGGUGCAGAAGAUCAGGGGGGCCGCCUGAAGGCACACACAGGAACUCAGGGGUUAAUUCAGUGUAAUGCGGGGACACAGCCAAGCGCAGGUAAUUAAGGGGCAAACCGAGCGCAAGAGCAGCGACAGUGUCGCACAGAGGAGUCGGACAGGAGCGCGAGGCUGACACUUUGUAGCGGAGAGAGCGGAGUGAGGCAGAGACAAGCGCAGAGCUGCUGUUACUGGAGACGGGGGAGCAGCCCAGCCUUCUGCUGAUGGUUCAUGUUGCAGCGACUCUCUGUGUGUCUCUCUAUGUGACUGUCUAAGUGUGUCUCUAGUGUCUCUCUAUGUGCAGCAGUGGAAGCAGCGGGACACGUUGGAUCUCCAACUCUUUCUCCUCUCGGGGUCGGAGAACAUUUCCCUCUGCUGCUCUCGCCUUCACUCACUGGAUCCCUUUCUCCUGUGUGGGAGCCUCUCCCUGAUCUGCUGACUCCCUGGAUGUGAUCGCAAGGGCUUUCUCUCCCCUGUGACUUCUCUGGGGCAUCAACUGCAGCCUCCUCCUUGGACCUUCCAGCAGACCUUCAGCUUAGCCCAAGGGACUUUGUCUCCUUUUUGCAAUCAUUUCCCCUUUCAUUUGCACUUAGCUCCUCUUGUACUUUUUUUUUUGUAUACUUUUCUAUUUUGGGACACGUGGAUCACUAGCCAGAGAAGAAAUGCACUACUAUGUCCUAUUUGCCUGCCUGACCUUGGAACUGGCCCCUGUGGCCCUCAGCCUGUCUACCUGCAGUGCCCUGGACAUGGAUCAGUUCAUGCGCAAGAGGAUUGAGGCCAUUAGGGGGCAGAUCCUGAGCAAGCUGAAGCUAAACAGCCCCCCUGAGGAUUACCCGGAGCCCGGAGAGGUUUCCCAGGAUGUCAUUUCUAUCUACAACAGCACUAGAGACCUUCUUCAGGAGAAGGCCAACGAGAGAGCUGCCUCCUGUGAGAGGGAGAGGAGUGAAGAUGAGUAUUAUGCCAAAGAGGUUUACAAAAUUGACAUGCUCCCCUACUUCACCUCUGAAAGAUAUGCUAUACCAAAAGUUAAGAGAAAAUGUGAUAGAAGAAUAAAAGGGAAGGAGAAAGGAUACUUAGAAGGAAAGAAGAAUAGCAGGAAAGGAGAUGUCAUUCUACCAAGUUAUACAACCCCAUACUUCCGAAUUGUACGAUUUGACGUCGCUUCAAUGGAGAAAAAUGCUUCCAACCUGGUCAAGGCAGAAUUUAGAGUAUUUCGUUUAAUGAAUCCAAAGGCACGGGUAUCAGAACAACGAAUAGAAUUAUAUCAGAUUCUAAAGUCGAAAGAUUUGGCCUCACCAACGCAACGCUAUAUUGACAGCAAAGUAGUAAAGACAAGAGCAGAGGGAGAAUGGUUAUCCUUCGAUGUCACAGAGGCAGUCAAUGAAUGGCUCCAUCACAAAGACAGAAAUCUUGGAUUUAAAAUAAGUUUGCACUGUCCCUGUUGCACAUUUAUUCCUUCCACUAACUACAUCAUUCCAAACAAAAGUGAAGAAUUGGAAACCAAGUUUGCAGGUAUUGAUGAUGCCUACAUGUAUGCUGGUGUAGAUCCCAGGACGAAGACUGGCCGGAAGAAGCACACAGGCAGAACUCCCCACCUCCUGCUCAUGCUGCUGCCUUCACACAGACUCGAGUCCCAGCAAUCCAGCCGAAGGAAGAAAAGAGCUCUCGAUGCUGCCUAUUGCUUUAGGAACGUUCAGGACAAUUGCUGUCUACGUCCCUUAUACAUUGACUUUAAAAGAGACCUUGGUUGGAAGUGGAUACAUGAACCCAAAGGUUACAACGCAAAUUUUUGUGCCGGAGCUUGUCCAUAUCUGUGGAGCUCAGAUACACAACAUAGCCGGGUGCUAGGCCUGUACAACACCAUUAAUCCGGAAGCAUCUGCCUCCCCGUGUUGUGUAUCUCAAGAUUUAGACUCCUUGACCAUCUUGUACUACAUCGGGAAUAAGCCAAAAAUUGAACAGCUUUCAAAUAUGAUUGUAAAAUCAUGCAAGUGCAGCUAAAAGAACAAACAGGGCAGGAUUUUUUUUAAGGAUUAAAAAAAUUAAAAUAGGUCUGUUUCAAUCAGUGUCAAAUUGAAAAAAAAAAAUAAAAUGCGGUACUAGUAUGUGGAAGAUUUUUAGGAAAAAAAAUUAAACUGGCAACUUGCAUUCCACUGGCUUAAUAAGACAUUUUUUGAAAUGUCUCCUCCACACUGCUAAAUAUUCCUGUGUUAAAGCGAGACAUUUAGGUGCCAAAAAUGUCUCUCCAGAAUGCCUGCCAGGAUGAGCCCAUCAUUUUUUUUUUUUUUACGUUCAUUACGAUCUGAUUCCUAUACCGGUACGCUAUUUUAAGCGUGGAAAUAGUACGUUUUAGUCUUAGUUUACCUUUGAUGCCCGUUGCCAUAGUCAGUAUAUGAAUCUCCCAUUUAAAAAUAGAAAUUGAAAAGCAAAAAAAAUUUGUAAUUUUGGCCUAAAAAAAUGUAGAUAUAACAUAGAAAACUCUGCCUAAUGCAGACAAAAUUAAGGAAUAGAAUGUCUCGCUAUUCAUAAGCCUUUCUUUUUUAACAGUGUAGAGGCGUUUAUUUAAAAAAGAAAAAAAAUAAACACUGGAAGAAUUUGUUAGUGUUUUUAUGUGAAAGGAAAAGAAAAACAGGAAUAACCCAUUUUGUGGUGUUGCUGUCCCAUGCCUUACUUGAGUUCUCUCUAUUGUUCUGCCUUAAGGCAUCGUAUCCAUUCCUUUUAGUUUGUAGUUUUGACAGACAUUAUUUAUUUCUGGGGACUUAAGAAGCAGCCUAUUUUUUUUUUCGUUACCAUUAUGUGAAUAAAUGAAGACCAAAAUUAACUGCUCAAACCAUGUAAUGCUCAAGAGCAUGCGUUCAAACAGUACAUGGAUAUGGCGACCACCUUCAGUCAUCACUUAAAUGGUUCCAAUUGCUCAAGGCUCGGACAGUGGCAAAAUAAGUGUAUUUUCUGGUACUGAAAAACAAUCCCAAAGCCUUAAAGUGGGAGGUGCCGUUGUGAUCAAUUCAAAUAAGAAUGAUAUACUCUGCAGAAGACAACAUUUUCAAGACUUUGUGUUUGGUUCGGACAGAACGGAGGAGCACAAUCAUAACGUCGCAUGGGAAUUUCUUCUUGUGGGUCAAAGGGCUUCUUUUUUUUUUUUAUACCAAAACAUGGAAAGGCUGGAAUUGACAAUUUUUGGAAUCUUGAUUAAAAUAUCUUAAUUCCAUUUUGCUGUCCACCUAAUCACAGAGGGACUGGAAAAGUAUUUUGAGUGACAUCUUCCAUGCGAUUAUCUAUGCUGUGUGUUUAAAGGGACAAUUUACAAAGCUGAAUAAAACAUGCACAUUUUUUAUGCCUAUAUGCCAAUUUUGCCUUUAGUAAAUGUUGUUCUUGUAUUUUGUACCAUUUUUUUUAAUGGAAACACCCCACCCCUUUUAUCCUUCUCAUCAACUUUUAAUUGCUGCUGUCUCUGGCUACCUUGAAGUGCCUUGUUAUUUUUUAUUUGUUUUUUUUUUUAAUAAAAAUAAAUCUAUAGGACGCAUUUAACGUA